AUGAAGCUGUACCAAGGUCUUUUGGCUGCUGCCUUAUUGUUGUCGAGGAUUGAAGCUUCUUACUCGAUUGACAAAGAGCAGGCAAAGAACGCUAAUGACGCCCCCACGGCACCAAAUGUACGAGUCCACUUUCCUACAAUGGAAGAAAGGAUUAACUGGUUCGACCCCAUUGAGGACGUUACUGAGCGAAUGGAGAAGGUUAUUGAAAGCACCCGAGCGGAUAAUCGGCUAGUAAUAAAAGAUCAGAUGCCAGAAAAACUGGCCAAACUUCGUGAGAACUAUCAGCGUUGGAAAGCGGAGCUAGAUAACAAGCCAGCUGAACUUCAGCUGAAACCACAUGGCGAGGGAAAUCAGCAGGCUCGCGCUUCUAAAGCAUUCGGGCGGAGUCAGAUCUAUUAUGACGAACACCUUAUUAAUCUACAAUAUAAUUACGACCUCGCAAAUCUGAACUUGAUUUAUGCUGCCCAACACGAAAAAUUGCUGGGAGAUUUACCACGACGGUCGAAUAUUGUUACUCAAACCGUAGCACUGGUGAAGUAUGUAAAGAAAUGUCAGACGCUCACCACCAAAUUCGAAUUUGACAAGGAUAUUCUCGAUGCAAAACUCCGAUACAAUAAGGAGAAUCUUGAUAGAAGUCAUCUUGAUGAGCUAACAAAAGUAAUGAAUCCCACGGUUGAUUCUCGCUCUCCCCAAGAUUUACUCAAGGAAGCAUGCCUCAAGCUCAAAUAUAAACCAGUCGUCAAACCCCAAAUCGAUUGGAAGAUGGUGUUUGGAUCUCCAGAAUACCGUGUUCUCUAUGACUAA